AUGAACAAUGGCAAAGGUCGCAAGAAACACGGCAGCGUGAAAAGAUCCCAUUCCAAUACCAAAAGACAACAAUUGACCCUCAGCGAAUUGCAAAGUCGCUUCGAGAGUCAGAAUUCGAUCUCCGGUGAGAUUGAGAGCACUGACAGCAGCAGCAGUAGUAGUAGUGGUGCGGACGGUACCGUUCUUACACCUUCCUCCACUUCCACCCCAGAUUCAGUCUCGAACGCGCAGAUUACUCCUACUUCGACUGCGACAAACGCGAAUAUGUCUCGAACACAAAUGAAGCGCAAACAAUCCUCGCCCAUGGCGCCGGCCUUUAUGGUCUCAGCACCCGGGAAAGUCAUCGUCUUUGGUGAACAUGCCGUCGUUCACGGAAAAGCAGCCAUGGCCGCUGCGAUUUCUUUACGAUCAUAUCUCCUCGUCACGACACUCUCUAAAUCGCAUCGCACCGUGACGUUGAAUUUCCGCGACAUUGGGCUGGAUCAUACAUGGGAUAUUGACUCGUUGCCGUGGAAUGUGUUCAAACACCCUUCCAAGAAGAAAAUGUACUACGACCUCGUCACGGAGCUAGAUCCUGACUUGGUGGAAGCUGUACAACCUCAUGCCGCCGCUGUAUCGACUGAUAAACCGGAUGAUAUUCGCAAAAUCCAUCAGGGUUCCGCGGCGCAAUUCCUUUACCUGUUCCUGUCGCUGGGGUCACCCGAAUCCCAUGCCGCGAUUUAUACCCUACGGUCUACGAUCCCUAUCAGCGCUGGUCUGGGAAGUAGCGCAAGCGUGAGCGUCUGUCUCAGCGCGGCUUUAUUACUUCAAAUUCGAACCCUGGCUGGACCGCACCCGGAUCAACCCCCCGAAGAGGCCGAAGUGCAGAUUGAGCGUAUCAACCGAUGGGCCUUUGUCGGCGAAAUGUGUAUUCACGGCAAUCCCAGCGGAGUCGACAAUACAGUCUCCGCCGGAGGUAAAGCAGUGCUCUUCCGACGAAGUGAUUACAGCAAACCACCCACCGUUACACCAUUGAACAAGUUCCCCGAAUUACCAUUACUCCUCGUUAACACGCGCCAAUCGCGCUCUACAGCCGUCGAAGUCGCCAAAGUGGGCAGACUGCGCGAAACCCAUCCCGAAGUCACAGAGGCAAUGCUCGACGCAAUCGAUAAAGUAACCAUGUCAGCCAGCGAAAUGAUCAAGGAGAACGAUUUCGAAGCCGACGACGAUGAGGAUCUAGAACAAUUCGGCGCCCUUUUCCGAAUUAAUCACGGCCUCUUAGUAUCCCUGGGAGUCUCCCACCCGCGUCUCGAACGCAUCCGCUGGACAAAACUCACUGGCGCUGGUGGUGGCGGCUGCGCCAUCACUUUAAUCAAACCCAACACAUCCCAACAAACCUUACAAGAUCUCGAAGAGAAACUCACCUCUGAGAAUUUCGAGAAAUUCGAAACUACACUUGGCGGUGACGGGGUGGGAGUUUUGUAUCCCGCUGUAUUGAGGAAUGGAGUCACUGAUGAAGAAGGUGGGGAGGAAAUUGAUCAGCAGAAAUUUGAGAAUGCGGUCGGUAUGGAGGGGAUUGAGAGACUAGUUGGUGUUCAUGCAUCUGGGAAUGAGAGGAGGGAAGGAUGGAAGUUUUGGAAGAGAGCUGGGGGGUGGACUAAAUAA